AUGUCUCAAAGUAAAAAUUCAUUAACUAACUACUUCAAGAAAGUAUCAAAUACUUAUAAUAUUGACGAAGUUCAUGAAACAACAGUUCAAUCAUGUUCAACUGAAGAAACAGAUAUUCUUCGAACAAAACGAUUUAAACCAAAUGAAUCGACAAAUUCCACUACAUUGGUCACCAACAAUACCACUGCUGCUUCAAUUAGUAGCUCUGCAACAGCAGAAUCUACCAUGUCAUUGUCUUCGAAUGAACGAGACCCAUGUCAUGGUCCUGCAAAAGCAAAAGAAUAUAUAUUGUUAGGCCCAUUUCAACCACAAACACAGUUUCCCAAGGUCAAUGGUCGUCGUUUUCGUCGUGGAUGGUAUAAUAUUUAUCCAUGGUUAGAAUAUAGUUUAGAAUUGGAUCGUGCAUUCUGUUUUUCAUGUCGCUUACGUGGUGAACAUAAAUUUGAUGCAGGAUUUACAAUUAAUGGUUUUAAUAUAUGGAAAAAUGAAACAUUAAGGUUAAAUGAACAUCAAGCAAGAUAUAGUCAUAAAGAAUCGUUUGAAAGAUGA